AUGGCGAGAAUGCCGAAGUUUAGACGUUUCAGCAAUGGGGAUUUGGUGCUUAACUACACUAGAGAAGCGAACGAGGUUUUCAAGAGGAAUUCGGAGCAGCAGGACCAGGUCAUUAGUAAACCUCCCGAAGAGGUAGGCUUAAACAAUUUAGAAUUGUUAGAUUAAAAUUUCAAAAAGCCAAUUGUUAAGGUCCUAACCGACACGGCUUAUCGCUUUUGUUUUGUUUAAUAAAACAUCAAUUAAGACCGACUGCUUCAUUGCGCUCUUAAUUAUAUACUCUGAGGACUUAAACACAAACAAAACAAUUAAAAGUUUAAGACCGAUUUGUUCUUACCGAUAUUGAAGCGGCGAGGCGAAAGGUCAGGUCAUUUAAAUAUACGGGUCACGUCAAGUUCAGGUUAUAUUCCACAGGUGGCCUGAUAAAGAAAAAAAAUAAAAAAAACAAGCUAACAGUGACAAAUAGCCCGAUUUAUUCAUGCAUAAUGGUAUUUUCGAUCCACGAAAAAUCGUUUAGUUGGUUUAUUUAACUGUAACCUCGGAAUAUUAGCCUUGUAUAUUAGCCCUGUGUGUAUCGAAGCCGCUCAGACGGACUCUUGUCUUGUUUUGCGACGAUUACAGUAAAACUGAAUUUCUUGUGGCUUAUAAAUUUUGGUGAUAAUAAAACUUAGCGAUGUUACAAUCAGACGUUAUUAAAAACCUAUCCUACACUAAGAUACUCGAUUAAGAAACGAAUUCUUAUUUAGUUCACAGUUAUGACUUAAUAAAAAAUUCUUGUUCAUUUUGUGAUGAUAGUUUCUUCUUAUUCCUUUGGUUUUAGAAAGACUAAAUCUAAACCUAAUCUUUAUUAUCACUGUACUAUUACGUUCAGGUCAAAAAACUUGCUAUUGAAGCUGUUAAGAAGAGAAAAGGGGAUGUUCAAAAUGAACUCGAUGUUCAAGGAGAGUACUUGCUCCAGUUUGGAAAAUAUCGUGGCCAGUCCUUCAGGUGGAUGCUGGAAAACGCUCUUGGCUACAUUGGUUGGUUUGUUGACAACAUUUGCAAUGAAAAAGUGACCAACUCUCCUAUAAGUCAAAACAAAGCUGCCUUAAAGAAGUAUGUGGAAUCUUUUCAAGAGGGUCGUGAUGUUGUGGCCCUGAAGAGAAAGCAGAGGGAGGAUAAAGAGGCCAAAAAGCAACACAAUUCCCCACAACCAAGCCAAAACUCUGCAUCAAAACAAGUUGUCUCCCCCCUGGCAGCUGGUCUGGCAUCUGGGCACAUAAGCACCGAGAAAUAUUUGUCCCGGGUUGCAUCAACCACAGGUGUUGAAAAGUUCAAACCUACCAUCCCUGUAUCAGUGAGAAAAAGAAAACCAAAGACACCUUCUGCCACUGUGACAUCUACAUCAACAAUUACUCAAGAUGUAGAUGACGAGGAGCUUUGUGCCUUUGCUGACCAAGAAGAGGAGAAUUUAGGUAAUAUUUCAAAUUUUAGGUAUUACUAACUGUUUCUGUUUUAAGAUGUGUUCUGAAAUAAUGUUCUGCAUUUUCAUUGUAGUCCAACCAACCAGUGAGCCAAAUAUAGGUCAGCAGCCUACACCAGAUGCAUCUCAAUCAAUACAAGCACCUGAACUAGAAGAGCCUGUGCCACUAGUACCAGAAGUAAUUGAAAUGCCUGAGGCUCAGCCAGAGCAAGUACUAACAGCUUCAGUAGCCCUCCCCAGCAGUGUUAGGAAUGAAGGUACAAGUUUUUGUAUCAAUGUUAUUAAUAUUUCACUCUUUUAAUGAUGAAAGUAUGUUAUUCUUCAGGACAUCCCUUACUCCCAGAUGGAUGGCUUAAGACAUUACCUAAAGCUGACCACUUGUGGGUGUCUCAGGCCUUAUUUACAACAAACAAUAAGGGAAAAGCAAAGUUGGACUUUAGCAGGUGAACCGACAUAUCGAUUGUUAUUUUUUCAAUGCAAUAAAUGUUAGAGAACAAUUUAAGAACUCUUUAUCAUUAGCCAUUACAGUAUUACUGUAGAUAUGAAAAAAUAUAUUUUUUAAUUAUAUGUGACUAUUUAUUUCUUUUAUUAUUAUUAUUUCUUACUAUUCUUUACUACUUUUUGUUAUUGUAUAUUGUCUGAUAUACUUUAUGUUAUAUACAAGCUUACUAUUACAGUCUUUUCUAACUACAGUGUAUUUACUCUUCUUUAGGGUCAACAAGUUAUGGUGGGAUCCCCCUCAGCCAUCUUUUCUAAGCACACAACCGCCUCAACUUGACAGAUACUUUGCACAACGGCUGCUACUUUGGAUGCCACGCAAGCUUUGGAAAGUCACUCUGUAUUGCCCACACGAAGGCUGUGACAGGAAACUACUCACCAGUGCUGGGAUAUACAGUACUGUGAGGCAAGUUAUAGACAUUGACAGUAACUAUAACCUUGCUGCGGAGUACUUAGAGUGUAGGCAUUGCAAGAGAAAGGUUAUCAGCUGGAGCCCUGAGAUUAUAAAACAACUGGAUACUGGCCAUCAACUUCAGUUCCCAGUUUUGUUAACCUACCAGUAUGCUUGUGAUGUCCGAGUUAUCAGACUGUUGAGAAACAGGGGCCUUGGAAACAGCUCAACGCAAUUACAAAAGAAGCUUACUGAAGAGCACAGUGAAAAGUGGCUCCAAAAAUCAGCCCAGUAUCUGACUGACUGCAAAUACUUUGCCAAUGCAUUCAAAAGUGGGCUCACUGGUCCCCUUAACUUUCAGGAGCCUCCAGAAUUUGUACCAGUGCCAAAGUACAAGUGGCUGCUCACAGUGUAUGCCCUAGACAUCAUGGCCAGAAUGGACUAUGUCAAAGCAUCCAUCACCUCUGUCUAUGGAAGAAUAUUGCAAAUGGACUCUACUAAGAAAAUUGUGAGAAAACUUGCAGGAGGUAGUACUGGUACUGCUUCCUGGGCCACUAAUGUUGGAAAUGAAAAUGGACAAGUGCUCAUGUCAGUGAUGACUGUCAAUGAAGGAACUGGGUUGGAAAACAUGGCAAAUGGACUAAUGAGAAGAUAUUCUUUAGCUGGUAUCUCACCUCCCGAGGUCCUUUAUGUUGACAGAGAUUGUUGUUCCACUGGCAAGGCUAAGAAGCUAUUCUCACUCUGGGACAAUUUAGUGAUCCGCCUUGAUAUUUGGCACUUUAUGAGAAGAAUUGCUGCUGGAUGUAACGUAGAGGCCCAUCCACUCUAUAGUGUGUUUGUCAGUUGUCUAUCACAAUGCAUCUUCCAAUGGAGUAAAGAAGAUCUGGAUUUAUUGAAGUCUGCCAAAAGAGGUCAAUUGCAGAUUCAAGGUGUUGCUGACCCUUCUGAUGCAGCCAUUAUUGAAAACAUUACACGGAGAGAAUUGGCUCUACAUUGCCGUAGGAGAACUCGGGGAAUUGUUGACACUACGACAAUGAUUUAUGAUCUAUUACUGACAUUUACUGGUCCCCAGGGAUGUGAUACUACUGGAGUACCUUUGCUUGACAAGACCCGCGUAUGGGAAAUAUGGGACAACCAAAAGCACCACAUUCCAUGCAUCCAGGAUCCUGAGGGGGUGCAACUGUAUACAAAAACUGGGGUCUUGACUAAAGGUGGUGUCCAACUUCCAACUUAUAGAUGUGCAAGAGGUUCAACAUCUUUGGAGUCAUUCCACCUGCAUAUUAAUAAAUUCAUACCAGGUAACAAUAUCUGUGUAAAAAACUUAACGUGUCCCAAAUACUACAGUCUAUAACACUGUUUUCAUUUAUUUUAGGUACUUCAGCAAGUGACAUUCAUUUUCAAGCUUACUUGUUAGAUGGCCUGAUGAGGUGGAAUUCUGAUCAUGCUUCUGCUGCAGUUUCAAGUACUGAAUUAGGAUCAGAAAGCUACAGUGGAUUAUUAAUACAUGCUGUGAAUGAGCUAAGUGAAGAUGUCCUUGGUAAGAAAAUCAAGCCCAAUGUUCAGAAUAUUGGAAUCUAUACAGGUGAAAUGAUAGGAGUAGAGUAUCUCUUCAAUCAGACUGGUGAGAUUCUCAAGGACAACACCCUAGUAGAUGAAAAUAUGACACAACAGGAGGAAGAACCUCUCUCAGAUGUUAACCCAGACCAAAUAGAUGAAGGAUCUAAUGAAGAUGAAGAUGAGACAAUUGCACCUGCAGAGCAGGUGUUUACUGUGCCUUCGGGACUACCUCAACGAACUGAACCAGCGGCAUCAAAGACACCUUUACCAGCAGCCAUACCACUGCCUCCGUCUCUGCCACAAGUCAACUAUCCUGUGCCCUUUAAAUUUGUAUUACCAACAAUUACCACGGGAACAGCUGUUCUCAGAGGUCAAACUUCAAAAGCUUGCCAACCGAUGCCAAUCCUUCCAGCUCCUGUUCCUUCUGUUCCUUUCUUACAGCCACCAACAGUAGUAAGAAGAUUUCCCCCUGUUCCAAUACAAUCCAAAAUACAAAUACAACACCAUCAGCCUCAAUCUUGGCAACAAAAGUCUCAAUCUCAACCAUCAGCAAACCCAAAGCAAAAAGAUGAAACAAGGACUACCCAGGAACCAAAGACAAGCAGCAGUCAUAAGCGAUCCUUGUAUAACAUGGUUUGCCCCAAGUGUGGAAAGAAGAAAGACCCUGAAAAUCAUAAACAAUACUUUGGAAACUGGCAUUGUAACACAAUGACCGAGAGCUUUGAGACAUGGAGGGAAAACCUUAAAAAGAACAAAGGAUAUAAAAAGAAGAAGACAGAUUGA